GAACAAUCGCGGUACGCAUCGAAUCGGAAGUGAAUACUGAUCUCGCAGCUGAGCUAUGCACUAUAGACAUAUACUAUUCUGGUUUCUCGGCCUAACAAUUGGCGGGAGAUGGGUGGCAGCUGAGAACCCGAAGCCCAUUACAGAAACAUGCCUGGUGUGUAUGUGUGAGGCCCUGAGUGGGUGCAAUGCCACCGCGGUGUGUGUGAAUGGGGCAUGUGGCAUCUUCAGGCUCACCUGGGAUCAGUGGGUGGAUUCGGGCAGACUGACAAUACCAGGCGAUUCGCCUUUAACGGAUAGCUCUUUUACCAACUGCGCCAAUGAUCCUUACUGUGCAGCUGAUACCUUGCAGAGCUAUAUGGUGAAGUACGGACAGGAUUGCAACGAUGACGAGAAGGAGGACUGCUACGAUUACGGAGCCAUUCAUUACAUGGGUCCUUUCAAUUGCAAGGCGGACAUGCCCUUUACCUACGAGAACAUUUUCAAACGCUGUUUGAAUAACGCCAUUCGGGAUGGAAAGCGGCAGAAAGCCAACUAAGCCCUUUAACUAGUUUUUAGUAACUAACUUAUGAGGAAGAGUCCGGGUAAUUUAUGUGCGAAAAUUGCAUUGCUAAUAUAGGCGUUAUUUUUGAUUAAUAAACAAGUGGCUGGCAGCCAACUUA